AUGCCCCACGCUCGAAAUAGGAACCCUAGCCCCAUUCCAGAGGUAACAUGGGACACGGGACUGAAGGAGAUGAACGAGACCUGGAAAGGAGCUAUCGCCUGUCUCGGGGUGGCCGUCUUCUUCGUGAUGACCAUCGGGAUCAUAUACUGGCAAGUAGUGGACCAGCCCAACAAGAACUGGAUCCUCAAGGGGACUUUUAGCGGACUGAUCUGGGAGAGACGAACCCACUCGCUGGUCAUACAGACCCUGACGGAGGACAAGACCUAUUUGGAGAUAGAUGUCGGGAACGUGGGGAACCCCGACAUCGAAGUGCCCUUCGUGAGGAACCUGUGCUGGCUGAAUAAAACGGAGUUCUGCUACACUUGGGACUCGGUGGCCGAGGUGAAGAUCUCCCUGGAAGUGAAUGAGCAGACGGAGACGGAGUGCUACAGCAUGACCUGGGCGCCGGUGCACUGUCAUGUGGAGCUGAAGGACUGCUUCUCCAUGGCCAACGUGUCCUGGUACGGCGGAGCCAGCGUCCGGGGUCAGACGUGGCCCAUCAACGAUCAGAACGCCACCAUGCAGCCCUUCAUCGUCAGUGAUCUGAGGGACAACCCCUCAGGCUACGGCUCUGCCCUGGAGCGCUACUUCCUGGGCUCAUCAGGUGUUGCAGUUCUUGUAAAUCCUGAUAUCCCCCUGCAGCUCGGGGUGGACAGCAGACAGCAGUUCUGCCUGCAGUCACUGCCCAGUAUGGAGCGUCUCCCUCUACAGUACACUGUGUGUGUGGCCCACAAUGUGAAAGCUGCUCACCAGGAAGCCAUGCAACAACUCUCCCAGCCCAGCAGGGAGCUGCCCAACUUGAAAGCAAUGUGGCUGCCGUUCUGGAAGCUGCUUACCAACGUGGAUUCGGGCCCGAAGGUGGAGAGGGAGCUGAGGAUCUUCUCUAAUCGUCUGAGGAGACACCAGCUGGGGGAGGGAGUCAUCAGCCUCAAUGAACAUUCCACCACCCUCCUCUCUGAUAUGGACCAUGACUACCUCAACAUCAGGAAAAGGGGGAUGUCCAAGAGACUGACCAGGGACCUCCCACUUGUCAAGCUUCUUAACAUUUCCAUCACCCUGUCCCCUUUCCUCGGCGUGGACACCACGCAGUUCCACACCUCCCUCACGGACGGCACCGAGGCCUACUGGCUCAGUCUCCCCUCAGCCCCUCAGGGACAGCUGGUCCCUGUGAUGAGUCAGUGGCGAGGAAGGUUCUGUGUAAAGCUGAACAUCACCAACCCAGGAGCGGUGAGCUGGUUCCUGGACAGAGUGGGAUCCUUGCAGGCCCACUUGGGGAUGGAGUACAUCAUGCUGGAGGGGGGCGAGGGGAAUCUGUUUGAGGAGCAGGCCCUGCGGCCACCACAGGCUCUGGGUGGAGACAAGUACAUCAGCCUGCUGGCUGACCUGGCCACAAGGAUAGGAGACUCUACCAUCAUGACAGCAGGGACACGGUCGAGCCACAAGCCACUGUUUGUGAGGAUGACCCCCUUGCAGUCCGAUUGGAGCCCGAUGGGGCUGAAGGGCAUCAUUCCCUCCCUGCUGCACCAUACUCUGCUGGGAUACAACUUCCUCAUUCCUGAUGCAGUAGGUGGCUCUCUGUCCGGAGACCUGGUCACAGAUGAGGAGUUGUUCAUCCGUUGGCUGGAAAUUGCAGCCUUUCUCCCUGUGAUCAGCUUCCACACGCCCCCCUGGGUCUGUGGAGAGGACCGGGUGCUAAACGUAACUCAGACCUACAUAACAAAGCACCAGAGGGAUGUGGUCCCGCUGAUAGAAAGGUAUGCAGAGGAGUGGCGGAUGACGGGAAACCCCAUCUACCGGCCGAUGUGGUGGCUCAGUCCCAGUGACCCCAUGACCUUCACCAUCGAUGACCAGUUCCUCAUCGGAGACAAGGUCCUGGUGGCACCAGUGGUGGAGAAGGGUCUAGUGCAGAGGGAUAUUUAUUUACCUGACGGGGGCUUCCAGUGGCAGGACAGCCGGAACGCUCAGGUGUUCGAUGGGGGGACGUUCCUACAGGACUACCCGGUGCCCCUGGAGGAGGUGGCCGUUUUCUUACGGAGAAGCUGAG